AUGCUUUUUGGCAAAUAUUAUUCAAAGAAUCAUGCGCUCUAUAGAACCAAAUGCAGUCGCAAGAUUAUGGCGCGACUAAGACUUAUGAGGCAACUCAAGAAACAACGAGUUUCGGAACGAGUCCAUAAAACGACUGUGCAACACAGUGCACCCACUCGCCUCUCUACGCCUGUCGAAUUUGCGAAAGAUCGAACGAACAAUAAUCAGAGCACAGAAGUCUCGCUCGGAUAUCAGGCGCUGCCUGAAAUAUCCUCCGAUAUCUUGUUUGUCAAUCCGGCUGACCUGUUCUUGGUCGGGCCCGUCUUACCUACGGAGCUUCAAGCACAGGAAGAAGGGCAAAUUGAGUCCACAUAUCAGAGCGCUACGAAGCGAAAAUCUGUCGUUAACGAGCUACACCUAGAAGUUCCAUGCUCACCAAUUGAUCAGGGCUCAAUUGCUCAAAAGCCUCACAACGCCAACAGUUCGGAUGUUGCAAGCAGUGCCAUCUCUAGGCUAGCAAGUCGCCUACCUGGACGGUCAUCCUCCUCCUUGAGAAGGGUCGUAGCAGCUCUGCGGUUGUCUCUCAGCUCUUCUAUGACUAGCGGUUCCCAGGAUUCUCUUAUCUCCCGGAGAUCAAGCUGGAUGUCUUAUAUUUCUACAAGGUCUAACCCGAAAUCUUCCUCUCUAAAGAUGACGGGGGGCGGGAGCGCCACAAAGAUCUUGAGUGAAGGACUUAAGGGUGACGUCCUACGGUCAUAUGGCCCUCAAAAUUCUUCGAAUGGCCUAUCAGAGGACGAGAUUUUGUUCUUCGAAAACUGCAUAAUUGAUGUAGAACCAUCCCCGCAAAUAGGGAACGAUCCAUUUUAUCAACUUCUUUCGGGCACGACAGAGAUGGAAGACAUAGCGGAAAUGGAGCGACAAAAUUCAUGUAGCAGGUAUGAUUACCAUGCUCAGGGCCGGAUCUCGACUGGCACGAGAGCAAUGGAUGCGGCUGCUUUUUAUCAUGAUCCCAAGGCUUGGAAUAUAGAAUCCCUUAUGGGGUCACGGGAAUUGGGACCGGAAGAUCAUAAACAGAGAGAUCUAUCAGGCGACAGCUUUUUGCAUGCCGUGGACACCACAUUACUUGGAGCUCGUUAUGGUAGAACCGUCAUUUUGGGCAAUUUAACAUAUCCUACCAGUUUUUCGCCUCUCAAGGAGUAUAUAAGGAUAUUGGAGCUAUUCAAGAAUAAUGGCUUCUCUUGCGGCAGUCAAAACUGUCACGGCAAGACAGUUGCCCACAUUGCAUUCAAGGAUGACUACCUUUUCAGUACACUUGACAGCAAGCUUGAAUCUAUCACUACUGCCACACUUGAAAGUUCCGAACUUGGCCGUAUGCUAAAAAUCUUCAACCUCGAUUUGAAUCGUCGAGAUAAUCAGGGGAUCACUGUUCGCAGUCUCAUCUUGUCCAAUUCGAAACUCAGAAUCGUGUACGGCGAAGAAGCAUUAGUAAGAUUGACUGAGCCUUAUUGCUCUCCACCAACCCUCAUUUUAGACUUUCGCGCAGAAGUCCAGCCUCUGUCCCCGAUUUGGGCACACUACUACCAGUGCCACGUCUGUGCGAGUACUGCGGUGACCACUUCAGCGAUAGAUAUCCAUGGCGAUACAGCGCUUGUGUCCUAUCUCAAGCGGGAGGAGUCAAGAAUGGGUUGGGAUACAGAUCUACAAGACGAGCUUCGGCAAGUUAUUGUUGAGCUUCACGGCCAGGGUGUCGAUUUGAAUAUACGUGACAAGCAAGGUUGUACAAUACUUUGUAUUGCCGUGUUGCAGGGCUAUCGUUCAUGUGUUUCUACUCUGCUGCGAUUAGGAGCCUAUCCGAACAGCCGAAAUUAUCAGGGAAAGAGUAUCAUUCAACAGGCAUCAGCAAAAAUGACGGCUCUGUCGGCUGGUGGUGAAGUUGACAAAGCUUUGUCGACUGACGGCGAGGGACGCAAAUAUGCGGGCAUUCUCCUCUCCAUAAAUCUUCUGCUCGAUCAUGGAGGUGUGUUUGACCCAAAUACACAAGAAGAGUGGUUACGUCCGUCUAGCUAG